GUCGCCAAGCGCUCAUUCCCGGGUUCCAGGCUCCCCAGUGACAGCAGCCGCAGGAAGCAGCCGGCGUCCCCUCAGUGCUAGGCCGGUCCUCGGAGGGGAGUGCACUGGACACAUCCCCACGUAGCUCCUAUCUCUGGGCCCAGACUCUGUGCAUGGCGAAGUCCCCAGGGAACUCUACCCUGGAGGAGAUUCUGGGGCAAUAUCAACGGAGUCUCCGGGAGCGUGCCAAUAGAAGCAUUCACCAGCUAAAAUGUGCCCUGAGAGAAGGUGAUGAUACUGUUGAAGAAGAAGCACAGGAGCCUUCCUUUAGCAUCAAUGUAGGGCAUGAGGACACUGAGACAGCCUGGCACGAACUGCAGCAUAGCCAUGCCGUUAAUCAGCUCAAAGCUUUGUUGCGUCAACAAGCAAGUAAGGAAAGUGAGAUAUCUCCAUCAAGAAGACGAAAAAUGUCCCCUUUGAGGUCAUCAGAAUAUGAGGAAACCCAUAUGCCUACUGUGCACAACCUUGUUCCUAUUAUUAAUGACCAGUCUCAAUACAUUCAUCAUUUAGAGGCAGAAGUCAAAUUCUGCAAGGAGGAACUAUCUGGAAUGAAAAAUAGGGUACAAGUAGUUGUGCUUGAAAAUGAAAGACUCCAGCAAGAACUGAAAUCUGAGAGACAAGAGGAGACAAUGAGAGAACAAACACUUUUGGAUGCAUCUGGAAACAUGCAAAAUUCUUGGGUUACAACAGGUGAAGAUUCCAGGGUGGAAGUUGCCAAGAGACCAUUUUCCCAUGGUGAUGGAGAUAUUUGCAAAGCUGCCAGUGAGGCUGAAAAAUGGAAGUCAGAGCUGGAGAAGCUAAAAUUUACAUAUGAGGCAAAAAGUGAAAUUCUAGAAUCUGAAUUGACGUUUUUGAGGAAAGACUUAGCUGAAUAUCGGAAAAAUUGUGAAGAUCUUAAGCAGCGACUAAAGCAUAAAGAGUCUCUUCUUGCUACUAAUAUCUCCAGCCAUGUUGGUGGUCUUUGUUUGAAGUGUGCUCAGCAUGAAGCUGUUCUUUCCCAAACCCAUAAUAAUGUUCACAUCCAGACCAUCGAAAGACUGACUAAGGAAAGAGACGACUUAAUGUCUGCACUCAUUUCUGUAAGGAGCAGCUUGGCAGAUGUGCAGCAAAGAGAAACAAGUGCUUAUGAGCAGGUGAAAGAAGCUGUGCAUAUGACUGAGGAAGCCAAUUUUGAAAAGACCAAGGCUUUAAUCCAGUGUGAGCAGCUAAAGAGUGAACUGGAGAGGCAGACAGAGCGACUUGAAAAAGAACUUUCAUCUCAGCAAGAGAAAAGGGCCUUAGACAAAGAGAUGAUGAAAAAAGAAAUUGCAAAAGAAAAGGAAGACAUGGAAUCUAAGAUGUUGACCCUGUGUCAAAAUAUUGCCCAACUGGAGUCCCAGGUGGAAAAAGUUACAAGGGAGAAAAUUUCUGCUACUAAUCACCUAGAGGAAGUUCAAAACCAGCUCGCUUCUCAGGAAAAGGAUGUCACAAAGGUGUAUGGAGAACUGCGCUUCCAGCUGAAUAAAGCCCAAAUGGAGAAGGAUGAGGCAGAAAAGGAGCACAGAGAGUACAGAAUAAAAACUAAAAAGGAGCUUGAAAUGAAAGAUCAGGAAAUAGAGAAAUUGAGACUAGAACUGAGUGAAAGCAAACAGCACGUGGAACAGGAGCAGCAGAAGGCAGCCCGGGCCAGAGAGGAGUGCCUGCAACUAACAGAACUGCUGGGCGAAUCCGAGCACCAACUGCACCUCACCAGACUGGAAAAAGAUAGCAUUCAGCAGAGCUUCAGCAACGAAGCAAAGGCCCAAGCCCUUCAGGCCCAGCAAAGAGAGCAAGAGCUGACACAGAAGAUACAGCAAAUGGAGGCCCAGCAUGACAAAACUGAAAAUGAGCAGUACUCACUGAUGACCUCCCAGAACACAUUUCUGAUAAAGUUAAAGGAAGAGUGCUCUUCAUUAGUCAAGAAACUGGAGCAGAUCUCUAAGAAAAGCAGAUCUGAAAUCGCUCUGCUGAGUCAGGAAAAAAUGUAUACAGACCAUAAACUGGAAAAGUUACAGAGGAGAAACAAUGAAUUGGAGGAACAGUGUGUCCAGCAUGGGAGAGUGCAUGAGACAAUGAAAGCGAGGCUCAGGAAGCUGGACGAGCACGGCCAGGCCACAGCCCGGCAGCUGGUGCAGCUGCUUAGCAGACAGAACCAGCUUCUGCUGGACAGACAGAGCCUGUCGGAAGAGGUGGACCGGCUGCGGGCCCAGUUACCCAGCAUGCCACAAUCUGAUUGCUGACCUGGAUGAAACAGUGAAAUAAAUGAUUUACAAAGAGAUAUUUACAUUCAUCUGAUUUGUACUUAAUAUGCCACAACACAACCUUCCCAGGGCGACACCACCUCGGACUGCACGGGGCCGGUCCUCAAGCCACCGUCUCUCCCCCUGCACUGCGGACGCUAGAGCUGAAGUCUGACCCGGAUGAGGACAGCUCCUGGCGGAUGUUCUCAGAAAUGGCUUUAAGUCAGUUUUGAGAUAUGCUCAUUUUUAUGCUCAAUUACACACAGGAGUUUUAAUAAAUGAACUUUUUAAGGACUUGAAUUGCAGUAUUUCCUUCUUGUAGAAGUGAUGAACAAAACACACUAAAAAGGCACAUAUUUUAAAUAGGCCAAAGCAUGUAAUUAAGGACCAAACUUUCUUCCUGCCAUUCAUUUUCCUUUCCCUUCCUGUGACCUACCAGCACCCUUCACCUUCGUUCUAAUCCGCACCCACUACUUGUCGUCCUACUCUGUGCGCGCACUCAGGAGACACCAGGAAGCGCAGUUCUUGCCAUAUGAACAACAAAAAAAACAGACAAAAAGCAUCUUUGGCUCAGUGGUGUCAGUACUUUUCCCCCACAGCAGUACUUGAGCCUACAAAUGUACUCAGUGAAAUUAGAAAAUUUACUUAUAGCGUAUAUCAAAUAUCUGUACACAGAUCAUUUUAGUCUAAAAUAGUAUUUCCACUAUACACAGUCAAGCCCUCAAAUGCUUUAAAGGAAUAAAAAUGGACACUGAAAAUUGUUGUAUCUGAAGACAAUGAAACACCAAAGGUGCGGCUGCAGCUGGGGCAAGCCCUUGGCCCGGCCCUCUCCCACUGGCAUCGUGCUGUCCCAGGGCCUCGCCUCGCCUCGAAGGCUGACGCAUGAGAGGCUCAGAGGCGGUGGCCUGACCCACACACGGAGGCCGUCCGCGUGCGCAGCAUGGUGAGCGCUCAGCCUAGACAGCAGUACUUCCACACAGAAGUUCUCGGCUUCAUCGAAUGUGCCAGACAUGAAGGCUGUCACACGAGAUAUUUUAGCUGUCCUGAAUUCUGUUUUAGGUACACUGUGAAUACAUGAUACAAUAUUCUAAAAAUAGCACCUUUGAAGAAUUAGAGAGGUCACUUUAUUCCAGCCUCCUGGAUCUUCAACCCCAGUGGUAUUGAGAGAACAGCACGUGUAAAAACACCCCCACAUUUGGCUGUAUGACACACACGCCUGGCUGACUCUGGUCCCAAAGCCAUUCGCUCUCUGGCCCAGUCACAGAAGCAAAGCCAAGUUCUACAACAGUAGCUUUAUGAGGUAAAAUCAGAAAAAGGCCCCAUCCGGAAUGAGUGAACACAAACCAGACUACAGUCCAGCCACCCUACCCAUCUAUCACCCCUAAAUUCAUUAACUGCCAUGAAGUAUUAAAAAUACUCUCACAAAGGAAGUAUGCAGAACCAAACGUAUCAGGAAGACAUCAAUGGUGAGCUACACUCAACAGUUCCAAGCCAUUUGCUGUGAAGAUGACUGGGGUCUGAACCAAUCCCCGGGGUCUGAGACCUACUCCGCCCCUGGCUUCAUAGCGGAUCUGUCUUAAUCCCAGGGCUGAGCGCCUAGUGUCUCCCCUUUGGAAGCAGCCCUUCAUCAGAGUUCGUAUAACUGCACUAUUGCCAUUUUACUGAAGAAAAAUAAUCCCAUGUGUUUUUUGAGCUAAGAAUAAUUUACAUAUUGGCUAUCAUAUCUUACUCUGGAUAGGUCAAUACCAAGUGGGGCUGUUAAAAAUCUUUUCUUCCAGAAAAAAAACAGCAUUUAAUUUUCUGAGAUUACAGAACCACAUCCAACAACAACAAACAGAGAAGUAGCAGAUUGACAUAGUGCUUUAUUUAAGCUGUCUGUACGAAGGAAAAUAAUGUGCAUCCCUAUCAUAUACGUGUAAAAAUACUAAGGAUGUACAGUGUACAAAAACAGUUUCUUGUAGUUAUUUCACAUCCUUGUGGGUCAUAUACUUAAGGAAAGAAACAGUUUUAGUAUGACCAACAGUAACAGUAAUACAGUUUCUUGGGUUCAUAGUUGCAUCUGCUUAAAAUCCUUACCCAGAUGACCACAUCUUUCAGGGAUCUAAUGAAAGAACUAGCAAGGUCAAGAAAUGUCACAAACUAUAAAGCUACAGGGAGGUAAUUCAAUUACCAAUUUAGAGGUUUUCUUUUUAUUUAAAUAAAUACUUUACAUUUCAUGCUUGCCUGUAAUGCACUACCAGGAGCAAGAUAAGGAAGUUCUACUGUAGACAGUACAAACGGUAGCAGCAAGUGUGUACACUGAGGUGUAGUAUAUAGACCCUGCAGUUAGUAAGGGAGGCCCUUACUUUUGUACUCUAGAAGAAGCAAGUGGCCCCGCAAGAACAGUCAGCUUUGAGAAGCCGAAAAUCAGGCGUGGGAAAUGGAAAACAUACUGGAAUAAUGCUAUGUAAUUAGUGUAGAAAGCAAAGCUGUGAGCAACCCUUGCCAACAAUCCAAGCGCAAGUGGCCAAUUUCCUCCAAGAUGGCUGCCUUGGGACAAGAGGUCAGACUUCAUGACAGUACAAGCUGGAGUCUGCAAAGUUGGACUGGGAUUUGUAUAGGACGAUUCCAGGUUUCCAGCUGUUUAACCUGCCAGAAUCCAAAACUACAGCUAUGGGCAACUUAGGGAAGUUCCACAAUUUCCCUCUGCACAUCGUUCUGUGCUCUCUCCUGCCUCCAUGCCAGAUGACUGGGGUCUGGGAGUGAAAGGAAGGGAGUCUCAAAAUCAAAGCCAAGAACACACUUUCUGUGACACGGACAGCCUCGGAGGGGAUGACUGAGCCCUGCGUGGCUGGGGACUGGGGGUACCUGUGAGGAGUGGGCAGCCCGGGGCACCAUCAGUGCCCAUCAUUAAUCUUCGCAAAGUAUCCUUGGCCAAGGUUAUGGAAAUUACCUUAAGGUUUUGGCGGGGAGGGGAACCAAAUCAACAAAAAGCUAUGUGCUCCCUGUACAGUGUCACGCUUUCCCUCUAAAGGAACAAAUGCUCUGAACAUCAGCCACUCCCAGCUUUCUUCUCUUCCUCUCACCUGUUUCUUUCUCAGAAAAUGGAUGCAAGACAACUUAAAGGACACACCUUCUAGUCUACUUUCUUGUCACUGUGAAACAUUCAACAUAAUUCCAAGUGAAAAAAAGUUAAUCUAUAGAUGUAAGAAUGAACUACCAUUUACUGUAACUUCUCAAUACUAAGGAUGAAAGUCACUCAGGUAGAAAUAUGAAAAAUUAGGAUAAAAUCUAUGUCUGAAUAUGCCUUAGCUGCCUUAAUAAAAUGCCCUUAACACCCCCCUCCCCAUCAGUCCCAGCGGCCCACCCACUGCCAGCAGUGGUCUCAGAGCUGUAAAUCCACACUUCCAGCGUCAUACAGGCUAAGACAUCUGCAGAUGGAUAUGAUUCACCCUACUAGAAAGUCACUUGCUCUCUCAUACAAAGCAAUCAUAAUACUAUGUCUCGAUGUAGUCUUCUGUUUGGGAGCUGUCAGAGUUUAAC